UGUUGCGAUUUGUUGUUAUUUACAAAUGAAGCGAGUGGGCACGGCCCUGGUUAUUUCGGGCCUUAGAAUUUGACGAUGUCUAAAGAUGCAGUGCUGGCCAUUCCGAACGUAUGGAAGCCGGAGCUGUAUAAAAUACAGCUUGAUGCUCCGACUCCAAAACCAAUGCUAUGUGAACGGGGCGACAUUAUGGGACCCACCCGGUAUGGUAAAGAAUACCAUGGUACGAUGAAUCAUAAGGAGUGCGAGCAGAUGCUGCAAGACAAACCGGAUGGGAGCUACCUGGUUCGACGAAGCCCUGGCGCAGAUAACUACUACACGCUUAGUCUGCGUUUUGGACAGGCAACGAAGCAUUUCAAGAUAUUUUACUCACCCGAAAAAGGACACUUUCUGCGGGAAAACUUCAAGAAGUUCGAAACGAUCCAGGAGAUGGUGGCAGACGGUUUGGUGGAUUUCUACAUGCGUUUGCAUGCUGCCCCAAUACUGAAGGAAAUGAUGAGUCAGACCAAGAAAUGCUACGAACAGAGUCCCUAUAUGACGCUGCACCGGCGCAAGCUGCGCUCGCUGUGCAGUGAACUGUGCAAACCCACCAAACUACCGAUGGUACAGGACAGUCUAGAGACGGCCGACACGGAAAUAGCGGACGACCGAGAUACCAGCGAGAUGGGAGCGGAUCAUGUAUUGAACGAAAAAUCGGAUCCAUACGAUAAUGCGUAUCCCGAGUACGAAAAGCAGCAUGCGUUCAAGACUCACACGUUCAAGGGUUUAAAUUGGUGCGAAUUUUGUGCCAAUUUCCUAUGGGGCUUUACCUCGCAGGGAGUCAAAUGUGAUGACUGCGGGUUCAUGGCUCACUUUAAGUGUUCCGAGUUAGUACCAGCAAAAUGCGUACCAGACCUGAAGCGAUUGCGCGGAAUAUUUGGCGUUGAUUUAACCACUCUGGUAACAGCGCACAAGUGUCGCAUUCCGUUUAUUGUCCAGAAGUGCGUAGAGGAGGUAGAAAAUCACGGCAUGCUGCAGGAAGGUAUCUACCGGAUAUCGGGAUUUGCCGAUGAAAUUGAGGCGCUCAAGAUGGCACUGGACAAGGAUGGCGAGAAGGCGGAUGUGUCCGGGCAGGUGUACAGCAAUAUAAAUGUGAUUGCCGGUGUGCUGAAGCUUUACUUAAGGUUGCUACCCGUUCCUUUGAUAACGUUUCAAUCAUUCCCUCUAUUUAUGGAAUCUAUGCGAGAAAAAUCUAUCGGCGAACAAGUGAUAGCCUUGCGGAACGCCGUUAAAGCAUUGCCGCCCGCUCAUCUGCACUGUUUGAAGUACAUUCUGGAACACCUGAACCGAAUUGCUUCACAUCACACGAUCAACAAGAUGAAUGAACAUAAUUUAGCCACCGUGUUUGCGCCGACAUUAAUCGCCACACCCCAGCAUAUGACCGAUCUGUCUCAGGAGAUCGGUAUGCUGGCUGCCCUUAUCGGUCACUGUCAUGCUAUAUUUUUGUAACGUAAGCGCUGUGCCUAGAAGGGUAGGAGUGGAGCCAAAAAUAAUCCCUUUUUUAAGACAUAAUAACGUACUAGUACGUGAAAAGAUACAGAACGAAUGUAUUCCUGGAGCAUCCAGGAGAUAGCUGAACAGCAUUUGUUUCCUUACUGUAUUUCUAUUUUCUAUCUUAGUUUUACCCACAGCUAAACUCUUUAUGGUUUCUAUAUGAUUCCUUACAAUAGGUUACAUGAUGGUAUGUUUACCUAAAAUGCUAUAACGACAAUCAGUUUUUUAAACAAGUACAUAUAUGCAAUUUUAUUUCAUGCUUAUAUAUGCCUUUUUAUUAUACGUUUUCUGUUCAACAGACAAAAUAUUACUCGGUAUUAAACUCAUUUAUUCGAUAGAAUAUAAAUUCAAUAUCCAUGGCUUAGGGUUUAAUAAUUUUCUAGCGUAUGAAUGAAAAUGUAAUUUAAAAAAGAAAUAAAAUUAACAUUGAAACAAUUACCUCCAUACCGGAUAGCUAUUAAAGGAAUUCAGUAACUUCAAUGCGCGUGCAGACUAGAAGACGAUUGUUUCGUAAAUACGCUAAAUACAGAAAUCGGUAUUUCGGCCCUGUAAUUGUGCUUUAAGUUUGUUAUCCAUUGAUUCCACGUUAAAAUAGAUCGAAAAGAACCAGAGUUAAACGUAUCUGUCUCACGGAGGGUAAUAUUGCUAGAAGUGGUGUAAUUAUAUUGCCACAUAAAUUCAACACCAAUCACGUCCGUUUAAGCAAACCUUCAAUUUACCCCCAGUUUUACACCCACGGGAAAGUAAGGGUUAUUGCUCGCCAGACAUAAUACUUUAAACUAAAACAACGCUCACACACAACAUUGUGUCCUCGUUAUUAUAAUUACAACUCAAUUCAAUACCCCAAUGAAAAUUGAUAGAAAACCAAUUUAAACAUAAAUCAUUAUAAACCACACAGCAGGGUAGAAACCAGAAAUCGGCCAAAUAUCCAUAUCCACCCU